AUGCCCUUUUUAAAUGGUUUUGUUAGAUUUUGGGAACAGUGUGCUGUCAGACAGAUCGUGAAAGGUUGGUGGGAUUUCGGUUUGUGCUUUGCAUUUUUAGUGGUUCGAGUUUAUGACGGCAAGAUUGGGUUGACAACAAAUAGAAUAGGUGUGACUAUCAACUCAACCACGAUCGAGAAACAAAGAGAUUGGGUGUGUUUCUCGCGGUUCUGGAAAAGAAAAGAUAACAGGAGAAAUUUAAUCCCAAGGGCUGUUUGGAUAUCUCUGGGAGGUAGGCUUGGGUUCGCUUUGGAAGAGGUGUGUGCCAAGAUUGUGAUCAAGUUUAGGAGACGGGCUUUGGGAGCAAAAGAGGACUUAUUCUCACAUGUGGUCUGGGAAUCAAGUCCCCUCUGUCAUGGAAGAAUUUUAGAUGAUGGAAGGACUGUAUGCAAAGAAGUGCGUGUAUUAUUCUUCUGCUGCUGUUCCUGUGUACAUUAUUUGGGAUUAUCUCACUGUGUCAUUGCUAUUCAGCCCAUCAGCCUUCUCUCCGUCGAUACCGCGAAGGUGAAGUUUCAAUUUCGUCCAAGUAAUCCUCGCUUUGCUUCCGUCUCCAGAGUUUUCACUCAUAUUCAGCCUGAAGAAGAUCUCAAGUCCCUGUUUGCGUCCUUGGCUGCUCAGUCACACAGCGACGGCCAAUUCAUCUAUCCUUCGGUUUUUCAGGUCAAUUGCUUUACUUCCUUUCCUUUUGUUCUGGCUAUACUUGAACCAUUGAAUCAACUUUUGGCAUCAGAGGUGAUCAACUUGUUGGUUUUUGGGAUUUGUGGUUUAAUCACAGAUUCUUUUCAGGUGUUCAAAUUUGCGGUUUAUCGAUUUCCUAAGUUUUAGGCUUUCUUCUUUAGCAUUGUUUUGAUCGUUCAUUUGUCAAGGAGAGUUUCAAAUUGGAUUGGGGUUUGCAGAAGCCUCAAGGUUUCACCGAUUGCUUUUGAGCUUGAACCAGGUAACUAAUAGUUUGGAUCAACUCCAACUACAAUUGGAGCAACUACUUUUUUACAUCUACUCCAGUUACGCUGGCUUAGAACUAAACCUUUUGUAAAGCUACAACUGAAGCAGCUAAACCUGUUGUACAACUACCAUUUCUGAACCAACCUCAGUAGCAACUUUGUUAACCUAUUUUUCUAACACACUUUCGUCACGUUAACCUUUUUGUAUAAAAAAUCUUUCACUCUUUCAAUAGAAUGCAAUAAUUUUCCUUUUGUA